AUGACAAGCCCUAUUGUUAAACUAUUUCAGAUCUUGGAGCCCGCGAUCGACGUCCCAACCAAAAUCCUCCAAAGAUUUGACCCUCCUACCCCAACAUCACCGAUAUUGACAUUCCAGGAAAAUGGGGUCCUAGAAAUCAUCAUGACCAAGAAGUUCUUUUACGGACUUUUCAAGGAAUGUCACGACCAGUUCAACCAAUACUUGCAUCAAGAACAAGAACGUCAUGAUCUAGGGCUAUUGACCACUGAUAAGCUACAAGAAUUAUACUACGUCACCCUGGGUUUAUUAUUGACCACUCCUUCUAGUACCACUGCGGUUUCACUUCAUUGGGACGUGGUGUUGCAAACUUACAAAAACCAUCAUCAAGGAGCACUGCUUGGGGAAUUUUGGGAAUUUCUAACGUUAGAGAUAUCGUUUGUCGAAACCCUUCUUACCGCAAAACUUUCAAGAGUAAAUAAAUCUUCGGUGGUGUGGCUUUUAUAUAAGAAGCUCUUGGCAUUACACUGUAUCACUCUUACAAAUUAUGAUAACUCCAUAGAUAAUCAUGGUUUCAAUUUCACCAACGCAAUGAUGAAAAAGAUCCUAUCUGUGGUUAUCCGAUCAGGAGAAACACAUCCCCGGAACUACUAUGCCUGGAAUUUUUUACGUUCGGUCAUCCAUCUUGUUCAUCUGCAUCGAGAUAAUAUCUCAAUGAUGGAUAUUUAUAACAAACUCUAUGGUUUUUGUCGGGCGAAUCCUAGUGAUAAUUCAUGCUGGUGGGUUCUACUAGAGUUACUUUUACCAGAUCAAAGCUCUGGGGAAUUCAGCAUUAAAGAAUGGGGAUUCAUUAUCGAAGACAUAUCAAAAACUACUAGUACUGUCAAAAAUGUUGGAUCCUUCAGAUUUCAAGUGAAUAAUGAACUUGUUUCUAAACACCUCGCCACUCAGUUUGUAUCUCUUGGGUCGCAGAUCCAUAUUACCCCUUGGAAUCAUUUGAAAGAUGUGAUGUUACGUUGUCAGCAACUAGGGAUCCUUCAGCAGGAAACUAGUACCAUUUGGCAAGCUCUUGAACAAGGGUCUAGUGAUGAAAUUACCUUCUCGAAAGGAAAAUACCAGUACCAAAUUGCAUCAUCUUUAAUCCCAGAUGAACAUGGAGUCGAUACUCGAUCCAAAGAUAGUUCAUCAUCAGAAGGUAUAAUACCAUUUGAUGAAUUGGAAAAGAUUUCAAUUAUUAAAAAUAAAGCAAGAAUUAUGGGGUUGAGAACCCAAUUUUUCCAAGAACUUUGA